AGGUUUUAGCCGCCGUCGUCUUCCUCUUCUCAGGAAACAAGAGAUGUGGUUUCUAUGCGUCUUCUAUCACAGGCUACUAGACUUCAGAAAGCCAGAGGUCGAGGCAUUAGCCGAACUCUUCGGAGAAGAUGAGUCUCUCCAAUGGCGUCUCCCUGAGCAUCACCACAACGAUACUCCAUUCCACUUCGUCCACCUUUCUUCCGAAGAAAUCGCACAGAACAUCGCUAAAAGAAGCAUAUUGGUGAAAGGAAUGUACGAGCUUUGGGGUGAAGGAACUUGCUACGAAGAGCUUAGAGACUCCAUCGAAAGCUUCCCUGAUUCUCGCAAGCUCCCGUUUCUCGCAUCUGAUUCCACAUUCAGAAUCUCCGUCGAAACUUUCGGAAAGGCUCUGACUUUCGAUGAGCAGAGGGAGAGAAUCAACUCACUUACUUACAUCCCCUUCGAGGGGAAGGUUAACUUGAAGAACGCGGAUCACAACUUUUUUAUAAUGGAGAUGGAUGAGUCUGAAGAGAACAAUGGGCUUCAGCCCAUUCUCCAGAGGAGGAUCUUCUUUGGGAGGGAGGUUGGUUUUGCUGAUAGGAAGCUGCUACCUACUUUUCAGCUGAAGUCUCGGACUUACCUUGGCCCGACUGCUAUGGAUGCUGAAAUGGCUUUCUUAAUGGCUAAUCAAGCCAAAGCUGCUUCUGGGAGGCUUGUGUAUGACCCUUUUGUUGGUACUGGGAGCAUUCUCGUUUCUGCUGCACGUUUUGGUGCAAUGACAAUGGGUGCAGAUAUUGAUAUCAGAGUAGUGCGUGAUGGACGAGGUCCAGACUGUAAUGUUUGGAGCAACUUCAAGCAGUAUGGACUACCUACGCCAGUUGCUUUACUUAGAAUGGAUAAUAAUCUUCCUCCUUGGCGUUCCGGGCUAAAUGAGUUAUUUGAUGCGAUUGUAUGUGAUCCACCAUACGGGGUUCGAGCUGGUGGGCGCAAAUCCGGUGGCAGGAAAAUCCUUAGAGGGACGGUGGAUCCAUACACAGUCCCGGAAGACAAAAGAACAGAUCACAUUCCAUCCACCGGUGCUUAUAGUCUAGUGGAGUGCGUUCAUGAUCUGCUUCACCUUGCUGCAAGAAUGCUGGUGAUGAAAGGCAGGCUCGUCUUUUUCUUCCCGGUUUUGAGAGAUGAGAAUGGCAGUGAGGUUAAGUUUCCUGAGCACCCGUGUUUCAAGUUGGUGGCUGUCUCGGAACAGAUCUUGAGCUCGCGAUACAGUAGGGUUUUGCUAACUAUGGUGAAAGUAGAGCCUUAUAGUGAAGAGGUUGAGGAAGCUGCUCGUUUAAUGCAUGUAGAGUUUAGAGAGAAUCAUCUUAAGUGGUUAGAGAAAGGUAAUAUUCAUUCCUCUGUGUUUAAACCUUCUGAUCCUUCACAGGUUCAUACUGAUUCCAAAAGCUUUAAAGAUCCUAAACCUAAGUAUAGAGGGAAGUAUGUGUAAGCACUGAGUUUUGUAUUCUUUAUGUUGUAUUUGGUUGGUUUGUGCUGAACGCUGUAGUUCUGAAUGUGUUUCCAUUUUCCAAUACAGAAAACUUUUAGGGUUA